AUGGAGACUCGGAUCCUUCCAGUCUCGAGCGCCGACCUUGGCCGCUUUGACAAUACACAAAAUCUUUACACAUGGCAUGUCAACGCCAACCAGGAUUCCCAAAGUUUAGCACACCUCUAUGAAGCAGCAGAGGCACUGCGAUUGAAGGAUAGCCCAGUCGGCUUCCCGACAGAAACCGUCUACGGCUUGGGUGCGGAUGCGACUCGGUCAGCUGCUGUCAAGGGCAUCUAUGCUGCCAAGGGACGCCCGUCGGACAAUCCUCUGAUCAUUCAUAUUGCAGAUCUUAGCAUGCUGCAGAGUGUUUUGUCCGGCGAACAUCAUGACAGCACGAGGAUACCAGAGCACCAAGAAGUCAAUCUUCUGCCUGAGAUAUACAAGCCCGUUAUUGAGCGUUUCUGGCCCGGCCCUUUGACGAUUCUGCUCAAGAACCCGACGCCAUCGGUUCUGGCGCCCGAAGUCACGGCCGGCUUGCCGACUUUUGGUGUCCGCAUGCCGGCGUCCGCGCUUGCCCGAUCUCUCAUCAAACUCGCAGGAGCACCUCUGGCUGCACCCUCCGCCAAUGCCUCCACCAAGCCGUCACCUACAACCGCGCAACACGUCUUGGAGGAUCUGGACGGUAGGAUCGAGCUGAUCCUCGAUGGAGGGCCGUGCAGCGUUGGCGUCGAGAGCACCGUGGUAGACGGCAUGUCCGACCCGCCCGUUGUCCUGCGUCCAGGUGGCGUCAGCAUUGAUGAGCUGCGGGCUUGUCCAGGCUGGGAGAAUGUGCAGAAGGCAUACAAGGACGCCGCCGAGAUUGGCAAGGAGGCACCGCGAGCCCCUGGUAUGAAGUACAAGCAUUAUAGCCCUAAGGCUAAGGUCGUUCUGUACGAGGCGUCUUUUACGAAUGGCAGGCGCGGUGUGCUUCCGGAAGACAUCGCCAACACGGAUCUUUCCGAGACUGUCGAAUUUGAGGUGAAGGAGAUCAAGGCUACAUCAGACACGACAGGCAACGGGUUGGACAGCACAUUAGACAUCAGCAUCGGCGAAGAUACCCGGAGCAUUGCUAAGGGACUGUUUUCAGCGUUACGGGAGCUUGAUAGACGGGGCGUGGACAUCAUUUUCGUGGAGGGAACAUUGGAUGACGAAGAUAUCGGUGCGGCCGUCAUGAACAGGUUGCGCAAAGCUGCUUCGCAAAUUAGAAGAUGA